AUGACAUCAUCAGUUUCUCUCAGCAACAUGUUCCUAGGCUUGAUAUGCCUUGCUAUCGUUGACUUGAACUUUGGACUUAUUAUUCAAAAAGAAGCGAAUAUACUCGCACCCAAUAGCACGUGCUUCCAAAUGCAACACGAGUCCACUUUUGGGAUAAGAAAUUUAGAGCUCUCCAUAUAUGAUACCGCGAUCAACAGUGCCUUCACUUACAAUAUAAAAGCAAAAUUUAUGGCUCCCUUGUGGCCGCUUCCUAAUCAUCCUAUCAUACUAUAUACCUAUCAAUUGUACGAAUAUGAAAGUGACGGAAUCAACCUGGGCAAUAUGAUAGAAGAAAAGAAUAUCCAAUUAGAAGAUGUUUAUCAGAUAAACAACGAAUUCCUUAUCAGAAAUUUAGAGAAGAGUGUGAAAUACUUCUUAACGGUUUUCGUUUCAUAUCAACAUCUUGAAAUUUUGGGGCAGUAUUCGGCUAUGAACAUAUUCAAAUAUAUCCUUAAAUUGAAAUUAAGUUAA